AUGAUUGCAGGAAAGUUCCCAUUAUUACUCUUGUAUACUUUGCUUCCGCCAGCAAUUCAACAAGAUAUACGAUCCCUUCGUAUCUCUACCAUUCCUAAUGGUCAAUUCAGUUGUAUCAACACAACAUAUUUACCAUAUAGUACAACCACAGUCUCCAAAAUUUUGUAUUGUCAAACAACUUGUUUAGGAAAUCUUCAGUGCCAAGCAGCUCGUUUUCAUCGAAUAACUCACCAAUGUCAUAUGUUUUCCUAUUUCACAUGGUUUAGUGCCAGUAUGGUACCAGCUAUGAACAGUGUUACGUUGGUCGUCUCUGAUGAUACACGGGUUCCAUCAAGUAAGAACAGUAUCUAG